AUGUCGACCCAAGAAGCGCAGAGCAUUCUCCUCACGCAUAGCCAUCCACAGCAAAGCUUCCGGCUGCUGGAGCUGUCUCCAGAGCUAGAGCAGCUACUGUCUUCCAAGGAUGCACCCGCAGAGCAGUUCCCGCAUUUGUUCGUCGGUUCCACUAACACCACCAGCUUCGAGCUCAAAUCCCCCUCGGCCGCUCUCGCCCAAGCCGUAGCCGACCCCAGCGCCCCGGAAUACGUCAACCUCUGCACCCAGACGCAGACCUACCGCAUUCUCCAGGUGCAGUCCUCGAACUCGAUCCACAUGCUGCAGCCAAGUCUCGGCCACAUCUCCAGGGCCGACAUCAAGGUCGUCGAAGAAGAGGCCGGCGAGACCGGCGCGCUGAAUCUCCCCGACAAGGCCAUGACGACGAUUGCAAAAUGCGCAUCGACGCUGGGGCUGCAUACCCCGUCGGGAGGGUUCUCGGCUAUCCCGUUCUUAGAGAAGAGUCUGCGGCUGUAUGAUCGGCGCAGCGACGACGACGAUGCUGACGAUGGGGAUGUUGCUAUGGGCGAUACUUCUUGCGGGGGUCAGAUGGGGUUAUUGGAGGUGCAGAGGUUGAGGGAGGGGGUUUGUGCUGAUAUCCCUGUGUCUACGGCACAGUGUGAAGAUGGUUGGACGGAGCUCUGUGCGUUUGUGCACAGGGAGCAGGACGAGGUCGCAUGCUGUCGGCCCUCGGCACGGACUCGCUUGAAUGUGUGGAAGCGUAUGGUCGAGGGCGCGAUCCUGCAGGGUAUCGAUCUGGAGAAACAGUUUCUGGUUGGCGAUCUGUGGAAGUCUGUUCUGGAUGACGAUGAUACUUCGGCGCUCCCGUUUCCUCGGAAUUUACUUGAGGCUGUGGUUAGGAGACUUUGUGCGUUGGAUCAGCGGCCGCCGCUGGCAGAUGAGAUGAAAUGGGCAAGUUUUGACAAACUCGACUGCACACGAUGGGUGGGCGAGACGUACUUGGCGGCUACAGCUCCUACACCGUCGUCCGCCAUUGGACGAAAUGAAUUUCUUCGCGCGUGGAAGGACUGCCUGCCCGAGUCGUGGAGGGGAGAGGCCGCUCUAUCCAAGCUAACAGAUGGUGCAUACAAGAGCCCUGAUCCCACAGCAAUACACUUUGUUGAAGCCUCGCAGCGACAACAGACAAGCAAAGCCGCAUCCGCUGGAUCUACUACGGCUAGCAAUGCCAAGGUUACCAGGAAUUGGCACGAGUUGCUCAAAAGCCGGCGCUGA